AUGGACGACAACGAUGAUGGGCUCAUGCUCAACUUUGCUGCGCCUGCAGCAGGAUCGGCGUCAGUCUCGUCCAAGCGUUCAAAGCAGACGGCCAAGGCUCGCUUUGCCCAAAAGCGGACCGCACACCAGUUGAGAAAGCAAGCACCUAAGCAGAACCGCUCCGUAGCUCCCAUUGAGAGCGUCCAAGGCGUAGUCACUCCUGCUUCAGCCCGGCUGUCUCCAGCACCUGCAUCGGCAAACGAGUCUCCAGCUGCCAAAAGGCAAAGGAUCGAAGCUACAUCUACAUCUUCAGCCGCGCUCAGUGCGCCCAGAUUCGAUCCUCGUUCUGAAACUGCCAAGUCAGCACCCAUCACUUCUAGAAGCAGUCAGACCACGUCGUCAGCUGCCUCUUCAAGCCGUAAGGCCAUAGCUCCCGUGACAAAGCUAGCUGGUUCCUCUUUCGCUAGUGCUGGCGCUUCCUCGUCGGCAUCAAAACAGACCAACGGCGGUAUUGUCAGCACACUCUUCCCCGCGCACGGUGUUCUGGAAGAUUCGAGUAUUGCUUUGACACCCUUCCAACGUAAAGCUUACCAUCCCACCAAUGCUCCAUCGGUAGGUUCUGAUUUCGCAUCUUGCGGCUUGGAUCCACUGCUUGUUUACCACCUAGCUUCCAAGAUGAACAUCGGAUCCAAUCCCACUGCGAUCCAGAAAGCAGCGCUACCUCACCUCCUCCACCCCGGUCUCGAUCGCGAUAUCCUGAUUCAAGCACAAACGGGUUCCGGUAAGACGCUCACAUACCUGCUUCCCAUCGUGCAGAGCCUGCUGCCGCUCUGCGAGGAGUCGUUUAUCGACAGAUCCGUCGGAACGCUCGCGAUUGUCCUCGCUCCCACACGUGAGCUAGCAAGACAGAUCUACGAGGUGCUCGAAAAGCUCGUUUCUCUUGCUCUUAGUCUCAAGGAGCAAAAUCAAGAGGUCGAGGGCACUGUGCGCAGGACGAGAUGGUUGGUUCCUGGUCUGCUUUCCGGUGGAUCCACAAAGAACCACGAGAAGCAACGACUGCGUAAAGGUUGCCCUAUCCUUGUCUCUACACCAGGAAGACUGCUGGACCAUCUGCAGAACACGUCCAGCUUUGAUGUGGGCAAGUGCCGUUGGCUCGUCCUGGAUGAAGCCGAUCGAUUAUUGGAGAUGGGUUUCGAAGAACAGCUUACAGGUAUCGUUCGAGCUCUCGAUGGCCGACGCAACUUGGCGUGUACUGCAGCACGACAGGCUAUGCCAGCGUACCAAGAGGGUACCGCUCCAGGUGAUGCCGACUGGAUCCCAGACGCAGACGUCAUGGACACACUCGGUAUGGCUUGGUGGGCUCACGCUAGGAGAGUCGUGCUGUGCUCCGCUACGCUUGAUGAACACGUUCAAGUUUUGGCUGGAAAAACGCUGGUGAAUCCCAAGAUUAUCCGCGGUGUCAAGUCGGACGCUGCCGAAACAAGCACGCAAGUUACUACGGAUGCAGACUCGACGUUGCAAAAGAGAGCCGUCAAAUUCGCAGCUCCGGCGCAACUGGCACAGAGUUUUGUCACGACUCCACCCAAGCUUCGAUUGGUGACGCUUCUCUCUCUGUUGCGAUCCUAUAUCUCACGUGCACGUCGUCAGUGGCAACAUGUCGAUCAUCAAGCCGGUGCUGGUCGUGUGAUCGUGUUCAUGAGUUGCACCGAUUCGGUGGAUUUCCACUACGCUGCUUUCGGCGGUGCUCGAAUGAAUGCAUCCGAAAACGAUGCUUCCGCCGAUGUUCAAGUACAAGAUGCGCAGCUUGCGACGCAUGUCACAUCGGAACUGAUCCCUGAUGUGCCCAUCUACCGAUUGCAUGGAUCGAUGACGCAACAAGAACGAAUCAGCAGCCUGAAGGGGUUCUCUGGGAUCCGCACCAAACAUUCGGCCGAACGCCAAGGAUUUCAGGGAAGCAUUCUGCUUUGUACGAGCGUUGCCAGUCGUGGACUCGAUCUGCCCGAGGUUGGAUGUGUGAUUCAACUGGACCCGCCUACGGAAGGAGGUAUCGAAGAGUAUUUGCAUCGCGUUGGUCGUACGGCGCGUGUUGGUCGAGCGGGUGAGAGUUGGUUGCUCGUGCUACCUCAGGAGUUGGGUUGGGUGGAGCACGUGCUCGAGUCGCACAUGACGAUUCAGUCGUCUGAUUCGGCAUCUUGUUCUUGUUCCGAGAUCGAGUCCAAGAAGCAGGGUUCGACGAGAAAGAUUACGCCAGCAUCGAUCGAGCUCGUGCUACAGCAAGGCAUGGGUGGAACGAUGGGGACGUUGGAGUACCAAUCCAGAGCGACCGAGGUGCAAUUGGCGUUUGAACGAUGGGUGAUUUCGGGAGAGCGACCGAGUUUGUUGGCGAGAAAAGCGUUUUUGUCCCACGUUCGAGCGUAUGCUACGCACAGCGCCGAGGAGAAGCAGUACUUUAACGUGAGGGCGUUGCACCUAGGACAUCUGGCCAAGGCGUUUGCACUGAGAGAGGCUCCUCGCUCUCUGGGUGCCAAGAGUUCAGCGAUAGGUGCUAGCAGCACACCUGCAAGCUCGCACGAAACGACCAACAAGAAACGCAUGCGCAUCGCACCCGACACUGCCGAGAGCGAUUCCUCGUCCGACUCGUCCGACGACGCAGGCUCAGAUUACGAAUCGCAUUCCAACAAGAAAGGCGACGCAUUUGAACUCGACAAGGCAGCGCUUGCCAAACUCACGGAGAGCAUUGUGGCGAAUGCCGACGGCUCGAAUCGAAGCAAGAAGCUCGCUAGGGAGGCACAGAAAGCAGCAGCAGCUGCAGGAGUGGCGGAUGACAAGGCCAAGCAGACCGACGCCGAGGCGAGGAUGUACGCCAAGGUUAGGGCGUUGGGCAAGAUGAGCAAGAAGCACGGCGUCUUGGGAGCUCACGCUGCGGAUGAGUUUCAAAUUGCCUGA